GCUCAAGAUUCUUUAUUUCCCACUUCAACUCUUGUAGUCUUGUUCUUCAAGUACACACACAACCCCUCCAACCUCUUUAAACUUCCUAAAAAUGGCGGUUUUGUUUCUUCUCCUUCUUCUUCUUCUUCAAAUAUCCACAUCUACAUAUGCAAACAUUGAAGGAGAUGCUUUGUAUGCUAUGAGAAGAUCAGUGAAGGACCCUACCAAUGUUCUUCAAAGCUGGGAUCCAACUUUGGUUGACCCAUGUACAUGGUUUCAUGUUACUUGUGAUUCCGAGAACCGGGUUACCCGGCUUGAUCUUGGAAAUGCGAAAUUGUCGGGUAAUCUUGUUCCUGAUUUGGGGAAGCUUGAGCGUCUUCAGUACUUGGAAUUGUACAUGAACAAUUUUGUGGGGACAAUACCAUCUGAAUUUGGUGGACUUAAGAAUCUUAUAAGCUUAGAUCUCUUCCAUAAUAACCUUACCGGUUUUAUUCCUCCUUCUCUUUCCAAGCUUUCCAAUAUCAGAUUCAUGCGGCUUAAUCACAACAAAUUCACAGGAAGAAUUCCAAGAGAUCUUACUAAGCUUCCCAAUCUUAAGAUUCUGGAUGUGUCGAAUAAUGAUUUAUGUGGCACGUUUCCGACUUGGGGUUCUUUCUCUAAGUUGACAGAAGAAAGUUUCAUGAAUAAUCCGCGAUUAGAAGGACCAGAACUUAUGGGUUCGGUUGGGUACGAUGAUCGUGAUGGGAACUGAUGAUAUUCUGAGUGAAAAUGGCAUUUGGAUUUGGAUUGCAAAGAAUAAUUAAUCAGUGCUAGUCAAGUGAAGUACUCCUAGUACUUUUGUAACGUUGUGUGUUGUGAUACUUAUAGUCUUUGUAGAUUGUAAUAAAUAAUCUUUAUAAAUGGAAAUGAACCAUUUUUAUAUUA